CGGUCAGCACGCCCAGCACAUGUGUCAUCCAUCAUUCGAUUCUAGCUCGAUGCCGCUCCCAUAGGAUAGCAGCGGUCGCAGUUCGCGGGCAGGGACAUGGCGGAGUCUGAGCGACCCGUGCUGCCGCAAAGCAGACGGCGCCUUUAUGCUAUCUGCUUCUUGGUUGCGUACGUGGUACUGGUCCUGCCCGUCUGGUAUGAGGCCGUACGUGUGCCUCGCGCACCUCUGCCGCUUGAGGAUAUUGCGGCACUGGAGGAGGAGGUAGCUGCGCCGCUCGCAGGGGCACUGGCAUCCACCGUGACGGUGUACGUUGUUUGUGCAGGUGGCACCUACACCUGCUUCAAGCAUCAUGAGCUGUCACCGUACGCGGAAGCCGUGGGGGAGGAGAUACUGCGGCAGCUCGGCAAGACGUCGGAGCAGGUCCCGCUGCUGGUGCGGGUGGUGCACGACGAGAAGGGCGCCUGCAGCACCUCCUCCUGGGAGUCGGAGGGCCUCAUGGCGCGGCAGCGUCGCCGCGACAGCCGCCGCCUCGCGAAGCAGGGCGCCACAGGCAGCGCCAGCCGCCGCCGCGGCAGUAGCAGUGGCAGUAGCAGCAGCGGAGGUAGCUACUCGGAGGCCAGCCACGUGGGCUGCGUGGGGCUGGCCAGCAGCCAGCAGCGACUGGCGGCGGUGCUGGGGGCGGCGGACCGCGCGCUGGACGACCUGGCGGUGAAGGAGCUCGGCGGCGGGGACAGGGCGGGUCAGUAUGUGCUGUUCAUGUUCCCGGACCUGUGGCGCUACGGCGGAGACCUGCCGCUGGGAGCCAUCGGCCGCCGCCGCUUCGGCGUGGUGCGCUACCCAGCCAGUGGCAAGCCCUCCCAGCCGGCGGCGGUGCGGCUGGCGGCGCUGAUCGCGGCGCCGGCGUUCGCGUCACACCUGGGAGACCCGGCCGGCGAGGCAGCGCUGUCUGCCGCCGCCGCCGCCGCCGACCCCGCCGUGGCCGCACUGCUGGCGGACGAGGCCCUGCCGCUGCCGGUCAGCCCCGCCGCGCAGCUGCACCUGUCCUUCAGCCUCUGCAACGCCCACCCCUCGCCGCACAGCCCGCAUCAGGAAGCGCCGCAGGCCAGCAGCAGCAGCGACGACGGCGCAAAUAGCAGCGGUGGAAAGCCGGCGGCCGCGUCCUCGUUUGCGGCGUUCUCCUGGGACUUUUCCAUGUUUGAAGCUCAGUUCGUGGCGCCGUGGAAGAACGUGCUCAGUGCGGCAGCCCGGCUGACCGUGUCCAGCCAGGUGCUGUACUUCACGCCCGCACGUGUGAACGGCAGUUGGGACCGCCAGCGCGCCGCCUUCACAGUGCCGCACGCCGCCCUGCCCUUCUUCGCCGACAGCGCCUGGCGCCUUGACCCCGGCCGAACCGGCCUGCCCGCCUCAGCCGCCGGCGGAGCCGCCGGAGGCGGAGCCAUGCCGUACGACCUAGCUGCCGUACACGCAGGCGACCGGUCAACCGCCGUCGGUGAGGUGGUGCUGCCGCCCAUGCCGCCGCCGCACACGCCCGGCCGGGCGGCGGCGGAGGCGGCGGCGGCAGCUGCGCUGCCGCGGCUGCUGCCGCCGCGUGCGGCGGCGUCGCUGCCGCCGGCGGUGCUGCACUUUGUGCUGUUCGCGCCGCCGCCGGGCCAGCGGCCGCUGGUGCUGCUGGGGCCGGACGGCCAGGCGGCGCCCGCCAACUCAUUCCACGUGCCGGGCUGGGGCAUGCUGCAGGUGCUGAACCAGGUGCCGCCGCCGGGCGUCAUGAUGGCUCAGGUCAACACCGACAACAUGGAAGAGUUUGCCCGGGAGGCGCUGACGCAGCUGCGGUCGCUGCUGGGGCUGGCCGCAGCUCGGCGCCGCCUCAUCCAGCACAACGACCUCUACGCCGCCAACGGCAGUAGCACUAGCAACAAGGCAGGCAGCAGUAGCACCAGCACUGGCUCUAACAGCAACGGCAGGGGCAGCAACGUGCCGCCGCCGGUGGGGCGCAUAGACGUGCUGACGGACUUGAGGUCGGGCCUGGCGCCCUGGGAGGCCGACGCGUUGGUGCGCCGCCGCACCCGGGCUGACGUGGCGGCGGCGGCGGCCACGCUGGGGUCGCUGGCGCGGCUGCUGCGGCAGGUGCCCACGCUGGCGCUGCCGCCGGCGGCGGGGGCGCUGGUGCGGGAUGCGGUGGCGGCUCUGCGGCGGGCGCUGGCGGCGGUAGAGGCGGGCAGCUACGUGGAGGCCUCGCAGGCGGCGCAGCAGGCUCGGGCCUGGGCGGAGGCUGCGUUCUCCGACCCGGCACUGUCCACGCGGCAAAACGUGCCGGACACGCACCUUGUGGGCGUGUACCUGCCCUUCUGCCUGCCGGCCGCCGUGCCGCUGCUGCAGGCUCUGCUGCACGAGGUUCGGCGGCGGCGGAAGAAGCCCGUGGCCGCUGUGGAUGCGCAAGGCACCAGCGGCGUGGGCCAGACGUUAAGUGGCGAGGUGGGAGCGGAGGAGCUGGUGCACACGGAGCCGAACACACCCGUCAAGGGCAGCGAGAGCUGACAGCAUGUCGUGUUAUUAUACUCGUUAGUGCCGAAACAUUCAAUUAUAACUGCUUUAUUGCGAGUGCGAGCCUGCGCCCGUUUUGCGGGCUGUUGUGCAAGCUUAAGGCCGCACCAUCGCGCCAACGUAUGUCUUUUGUAACGAUUGUCUCGC